CCCUCCUACGAUCCUUACCUGCAACUGUACUGCUCGCAUUUCACAGAUUUUGGCCGCUUCCAAUGAGUACCCAGUUCGGUUUUCCUGUCGAAGAUUCGAUUUCUAUCGACAGCGAAGAACAUCGAAGAGUAGAGAGUAGAGAUGGGGUGUCUUUGUUGAUGAAGAUUGUUAUGAGGAUAUCGAGAACCAGGUGGUUUGCUUUUAUGAGAAGGGUGUUUCAUUAUCAAAAUGGAGUGAGAUCGGAACUUGGGUCUGACCCUCUGAAUUCUGGUUUUUGGAUAGGGUUGGAGUUUGUGAUCUUGGUAACCCAGAUUCUGACUGUAACGGCUACUUUGGCCAUGUCCGACGAAGAGAAGCCAGUUUGGCCUUUGAGGACAUGGGCUUUUGGAUAUGACAUUGGGAGCAUUCUUAGUCUUCCACUGCUUCUUUGGAGAUACAAACACCCCGACGUGAAUCAGGAGAGCAAUUUGGACGAUUUUGAUGUGGAGCAGCAGCGAGUAACCGAAGAGCCUUGGGUAUCAUAUUUCAUGAACAAGCUACGGACUGUCCUGGAACUGUUCUUUGCAGUUUGGUUCGUCAUCGGGAACAUCUGGGUCUUCGAUCCUCGCCUCAGUUCUUUUCGUCGAUCACCAAAGCUGCAAAGGCUGUGCAUUGCUUUGCUAGCAUGGAAUGCUGUGAGCUACUCCUUGCCUUUCGUGUUAUUUGUAUUGCUUUGCUGCUGCGUGCCUUUGAUCAAUAGCAGCCUCGGGUACAAUAUGAACAUGGCAUGCACACACCGAGGGGCUACAGAGGAACAGAUUUCAAGGCUGCCCAACUGGAAAUACAGGGUGGUUUCUGUUUAUUCGAUCGGCUCACAUGGUGGAGAUACUUCCAUGAAGUUAUCGAAGAGCAAUCAUCCUAGAGACGACGAAUCUGAAUGUUGCAUUUGCUUGGCAAAGUACAAGGCCAAAGAAGACAUCAGAGAACUGCCAUGCUCCCACUUGUUUCAUCUGAAAUGCGUCGACCAGUGGCUGAGAAUCAUAUCCUCAUGUCCACUUUGCAAGCAACAUUUGCAAGACUGAAUAACUUUCAUGCCAUAAAUGUAAAUAUGUGGGAGCGUAUUUUAUAGAGGCUGUGAGAUACCCAUCAAGUGUAUUUGGUAAGAAGAACAUUGUAUUCUUAGAACACGUUCCAAGAACACUAUGUCCUUGUUUAAAAAACAUGAUGUGAUUAUGAAUGUUGGUUUUAAAUCCAACAAGCAAAUAACCGACAUAAUCACACUAUGUUUCUUUGAAUAAGAAUAUAGCAUUCCUGAAAGGCAUGUGAUCCGAACGUGUCCCAAGCACAUAAUUUAUUCUCAUCAAACACCGUCAAUUAUGUACACAAGCAUUCAACAGCUCAUACACUAUGCUUACGGUUCAAGCCCAUCAUU